ACCUGUAAGGUGAACUCAUUUCGUGUAAGACGCGGAAGGCCUGCAAGAGCGCGAGACUCAGCAGUGAACUUGAGGAACUGUUACGAAACGGUGCUGUGCUGUGUGUAGUGAGUUCAACGGCUGCUAAGUUUGGACAUUCGAUUGCGGGAUUAAUCAAGAUGCUACAGCGCGGCCUUCAAAUCACACUGCUUCUAGUCUUAGCCCACACGUAUGGAAGUCUAGCGAGGAUAGCCUUCGAGAAGCUAACCGACUUCGACUACCGCGGCACCACCUACUACACUGUAAAGAACCUGAGCUUGUACGAAUGCCAGGGUUGGUGUCGCGAGGAGCCCGAUUGUCAAGCCGCCCUUUUCAGCUUCGUAAUGAAUCCUCUAAUACCCAUGCAAGAAACGCUUUGUCAGCUCCAGAACGAGACGUCUUCAAAUAACCCUUCAGCCACGCCGCAGAGAUCCGUCAAUAUGUACUACAUGACCAAACUACAACUUCGUUCCGAGAACGUGUGUUUGAGACCGUGGGCCUUCGAACGCAUCCCCAACAAGAUGAUCCGGGGCUUGGACAACGCGCUUAUUUACACUUCCACGAAGGAGGCGUGCCUGUCAGCCUGUCUGAACGAGCAUCGGUUCACUUGUCGAUCCGUCGAGUACAACUACGUAACCUUACAAUGCCAACUCAGCGACUCGGACCGUCGGACCACUGGUCAAUUCGUGCAGUUCGUGGACGCCCAAGGAGUGGACUACUUCGAGAACUUGUGUCUUAAAGGAAAUCAAGCUUGUAAGACCAACCGCGUCUUUCAAACCCCAAGAAUCGGAGUCGCGGAUGACAAGGUAGCCCAAUACGCAAGCCUCCACUACUACACCGAUAAAGAACUCCAAGUGACCAGUGAAGCCGCCUGUCGUUUGGCCUGUGAAAUCGAAAACGAGUUCCUGUGCAGAUCCUUCCUCUACAAAGGUCCUCCACAAGGAGCCCUCUACAACUGCCAACUCUUCCACCUCGAUCAUAAGACCCUUCCAGACGGACCCAGCACCUACUUAAACGCUGAACGCCCUCUAAUCGACAACGGUGAACGCAUUGGUAGCUACUUCGAGAACGUCUGUGAAAAGCCUGGUCCUUCUCCCACCGGUGCACCCUCCGACAACACCCUUCCAGUCGUCUUCGAAGCCACUGAAGACCCCAACCUCAACAACCUCACCCGCAGCGACGUCAACUGCGACAAAACUGGAACCUGCUACGACGUGUCCGUCAACUGCAAGGACACCAAGAUCGCGGUACAAGUCCGCACCAACAAGCCUUUUAAUGGAAGGAUUUACGCGUUAGGACGGUCUGAAACCUGCAACGUUGACGUUAUCAACAGCGAUCUCUUCAGAUUAGAUCUGACUAUGACCGGACAAGAUUGCAACACUCAGUCGGUGAUCGGAGUCUAUAGUAACACUGUCGUCUUGCAACACCACAGUGUCGUUAUGACCAAAGCCGACAAGAUUUACAAGGUUAAGUGUACCUACGACAUGUCGUCGAAGAACAUCACGUUCGGAAUGAUGCCCAUCAGAGAUCCUGAGAUGAUCAGUAUCACGUCUGCACCUGAAGCUCCUCCACCGAGGAUUCGCAUCUUGGACAGCCGGUCCCGGGAGGUCGAGACGGUUCGUAUUGGGGACAAGCUUACCUUCAGGAUCGAAAUUCCGGAAGAUACUCCGUAUGGUAUUUUUGCUAGGAGCUGCGUGGCUAUGGCUAAGGAUUCGAAGAGUACCUUCCAGAUUAUCGACGAUGAAGGGUGUCCUGUUGAUCCUAGUAUAUUCCCGGCGUUUACUCCCGACGGUAACGCGCUCCAGUCGAUUUAUGAGGCGUUCAGGUUCACGGAGUCGUACGGAGUUAUCUUCCAGUGCAACGUGAAGUACUGUCUUGGGCCCUGUGAACCCGCUGUAUGUGAAUGGGGCCGUGACUCCCUCGAAUCCUGGGGCAGAAGGAAGAGAUCCGUCAGCAACGUGACCGACGAAGAAAAGGAAGAAGACAUGACGCUCAGCCAAGAAAUCCUCGUCCUGGACUUCGGCGACGACAAGCAGUCCGAGUUCCUCAAAAGCGAGCUCUCGAGCGCCGAAUUCGGAAAAGACAAAACCGUGACGAUCAUCGAACCCUGCCCGACGAAGACGUCCGUGCUAGCCUUGGGGGUCACCUGUGCCUUAUUAGUUCUCCUCUACAUCAGCACCCUCUUCUGCUACUACAUGAAGAAGUGGUUAAACCCGGGAAAGCACAUCGCUUAAGUGUUCAAAGACACUCCGGUGCUCUAGACUAAAUCCGUUUGAUCUUUCUGUUGAGUUGACGAUAAUUGUGAUAUAGUUAACUCGAGAUGAGAUGUCAAAUGCUAGGGACAGUCCCAGACUCAAGCAAUGUAUUUUUAAGCAACUUCGGGGAGGUGGCGGCUCUGGUGAUGGAAGCUUUGUGUAAUUUUACCGUUGCAAAAAAUUAGGUUAUGAUCUCUAACUUCUGCACUGACUCCCGUUCCUAUAACGAUUUUGUGACGGUAAAACUGUCUCUAAUACUCCUCCUUUCGGUUAUUUAUAUUAUUUAUUUUCGUGUAUAUAUCUGAAUUUACAUUAAGUUUAUUUAUACCACUUAUUUUAUAUAACAAGUUCUUAAGUCAGAUUUAAAUAGACGAUUUUUACAAAACAA